CUUUUCUAAUAGGAUCACUGAUAGUUUGAAGUAAUCUGUGAAUUUGUUGAACAACUCCUUGAUAAUACACCAAUGAAGUUUCAUAAUUUCCAAGAAGAGCAAACUCUCUACCCAUUUUAGUGUUUUCACAGAUAUCGGUUAUGCUUAUGUUCAUCUUGAUGAUUAACUAGAGACAACAAUCUAGGUGGUUUUCCAAUAUUAACAAUUUAGAGGUGAUUUAUACACAAGUUAAAGGUCUAUCCAGAUAACCAAAAAUUACUGUGAUCAGUCAAUGUCAUAUGUAUCAGUUUUGGUCAGAUAUGAUUUACACACGGGUAUCUCUGGUGCUGUCGCUGUAUAAAAGUUCAUCAAAUUAAUUGUAGUUGUGAUUUUGAACCCUGCAACUUGUAUUGUGUGCUACUCAAUUUUUGCCGAAAUAACCAAUAGUCAGUCAUCUGUUUGCUUUUCCUUACUAGCUGUUAAUUAAAGACUCAACUCAUCUUUUAGGAAACUAAUAUCUAAACAUGGAACUCGAAUCAAAAUCAACUAGUAAACAAUCAAAGAAGCAAUCAUCAGUUUGGUCCCAUCCGCAUAGUCAGUCUUUUGAUAGGCUACUUGAUGAUAAGAAAGACUACCGUGAAUUUUUCUGUGGCUAUGGAGCAGCUUUUAUAAAUAUUUGUAUAACAUUUCCCAUAAAUAAGGUUAUGUUUCGUCAAAUGGUUUAUGGAAUAAAAACUAAUUCAGCCUUAGAUCAGAUGAGAAAAGAAGGAUUGUACCAAUUAUAUCGAGGCUUAUUGCCUCCUUUACUACAGAAAACGUUAAGUGUUUCUCUUAUGUUUGGAACAUUCAGUCAAUUUCAAAAUCUUCUCGAUACUCACUUUAAUUUGUUUACAUCUCACCCUAACCUGAAAUUAACGGUUUCUGCAUUACUCGCUGGUUGCACGGAAGCAGUUCUAACACCUUUUGAAAGGGUUCAAACCUUAUUACAAGAUCCUAAAUAUAACCACCAAUUUCAUAACACUUUCCAUGCAUUUAAGGAGCUUCGUAAAUUUGGUAUCAAAGAAUAUUAUCGAGGUUUAACACCUAUUCUUAUUCGCAAUGGACCUUCAAAUGUACUUUUCUUUAGCUUCAGAGGAAGAGUAAAGGAUGUUCUUCCUUCUUAUGAUGUUUGGUGGUCUGAAGUGGUUACGAAUUUUAUAUCAGGGGCUCUAAUUGGUGCCUUGAUUAGUACCCUAUUUUAUCCGGUUAAUGUGAUCAAAACUAAAGUGCAAACCCAAACCGGUGGAAGUCAAUUUCUGUCUAUUUCUAGUGCCAUAAAGUUAGUUUAUGAAGAACGUCAGCGAAGUAUCACCAAAAUUUACUAUGGGGUCCAUCUAAAUUUCACUAGAUCCUUCAUUUCAUGGGGUGUUAUAAAUGCUUCUUAUGAAAUGCUUAGAAAACUAAUGUACUGUUAAAAAAUUUACUUUUUGUUAAUUCUGUUUCUCCUAAGUUUUUCUAAUGUUUUGUGUAUAUGUUCAUAUGUUAUGGUCAACGCUCAACAUGUCGAUAUCAUUUAACAGAUGAAAAUACAGCCCAAGACAGCAACCAUUAGCAACAAUUCGCCAAUCAGUUUGGUUAUCAUCCGCUGAACCAUUCAUUAGUUACUGCAACAACUUACAUAUGCAUCUACAAAUCUCUUCAAAGCAAGACAACACAAAGAUUUUUCAUAAAGUACUUUUUUCAAGUCCAACCCAUGGAAAGAGCUCUUUUUACCGAUGACACUGAUUCUUCAUCCAAGAAAAUAUUCUUUGCUGUCUUUCGUUUUAUGUUUCCUUCACUUACCUCCAUUAUUUUCAUAUUUAUCUUAUUUGAUAUUGAAUCAGAUGUUAGAAUGAUAGAAAGACUAUGUAAAAGCAAAUGCAAAAGUUCAAAACAAUUAUUAAUAUUAUAAUUAUGAUCUAAUUUUGUUCAUAAAAAUCCAAAUAUGUAAAUUACCAUUUAUUGUAAAAAACAGUUAAAACUUACUCAGGCUCAAAUCAAAACAAUGUAAUCGAAACAAACAUAUGUUGUAACCGCACCGAUUGCAUGCAAUCGACCUAAGAAAGCUUUAACUGUAAAUGUAUUAAAGGUAAAUACUUAUAA